GUGGGCAAAAAAGGUAAAAAUCUAAAAAAAAACUUAAUUUUUUUAAAUGAUGUAAUUUAAUUCUCGUAUAGAUGUCUGUUUUUAUUCCAUAACUCCGUCAUGUUUAUCAUCAGUACACCUGUCUGUGCUCACCUGUAAAUAAAAAUACCUGCAUGAAUAAAUCAGCUGCGGGGAAACAGCGCCUCCUUUGGGCCCGUUGUGGUCAGAGGCGGUACUGAGGCGGAAGUGCUGCACCUGUUGAUGCCUUCUGUUUCGGUGGAACACCUGAAAAUACCCGAAAGUUACUUUACCUGAAGGUUCUGGAGACUGUGGAGGGCUGAGUCUGGACUUCAUGGAUAAACUAAAGAGGGUUCUGAGCGGGCAGGAUGACGGGAGCGCGGACGGGAGCGCGGAUGGGAGCGGCAUCCUGGAGAGAGCCAAUCAGGUGUCGACGCUGGCCUGGGGAACCAGAAUGAAGGGUUUCCUGAUCUGUUUCGUUUUGGGCGCUUUGAGUUCCAUCCUGGGUACCUGUCUGCUGUGGAUUCCAGGUGUUGGUCUUGCUGUGUUUGCUGUCCUCUACAGUGUGGGAAACAUCUGCGCUCUGGCCAGCACCAUGUUCCUGAUUGGACCGAGCCGGCAGCUGAGGACCAUGUGUGCUAAAGAGAGAGCACUAGCCACCGCCAUCAUGCUGGUGUGUCUGGUGUUGACGCUCUGCGCUGCUCUCUGGUGGAAGAAUUAUGGACUCGCUCUGCUCUUCUGUGUGCUGCAGUUUGUGGCCUUCACCUGGUACGGCCUGUCAUACAUCCCCUUCGCCAGAGACGCCGUUCUGAAGUUAUUCUCUCUCUGUGUGUAGAGUCUGUCUGGCCAAUCAGGACGCAGCGUGUUCAUCCAAUCAGCACCUGGACUGUUACCUUGUUUUUUUAGGUUUUAUUUAUUUCUCUGCUUCCAUCAGUAGAUCUGAGUUCAUUAACAGCAGAACGUUUUAUACAGAAAACCAUGAAAGUUUUUAAAUUCUUCCUACCUGAGGGUUAACUUUAACUCUAAACUGAACAGUGAAAUGUUGAAUAUUUCUCUACCAUUAAGGUUUUUAAACUCUUUCUACCUGAAGGUUUGGGUUAACCUGAACAGUGAAAACAGUGAAACAGUGAAUAUUUCUCUACCAGCUGACAGAUCUGCUGAAACACUGACAUGAAUAUUCAUGAGCUGAAGACGGUCAAUAAAAAUGUUCCUUUUAAAUCUA